AUGAAGGCCACUUUCGUCGCUCUCGCUGUCGCUGUCACCAGUGCUUCCGCGCGUACCUUCACUGUUUACAACAACUGCCCGUUCACCAUUUGGCCUGCCCUCUUCACUGACCUGAACGUUGCCCCCAAUGUUCCGAACCAACCCGGAGGCUGGGUCCAGGGCCAGUACCAGGCUGUCUCCUUCUACGUCCCCGACAACUGGCAGGCUGGCCGUAUCUGGGCCCGCCGCAACUGCGACUUCAGCUCGAACCCGGGCCCGAAUUCGUGCCUCGACGGAGGCUGCAACGGAGGCCUCGUCUGCGACCCGCACACCGGCACCGGUGUUCCUCCGGCGACCGUCGCCGAGUUCACGCUCCAGGGUGCUGGCUUCCAGGACUGGUACGACGUCUCCCUCGUCGAUGGCUAUAACCUCCCGAUGAGUAUCACGAACAACAAGGGCUGCCACCUCGCCAACUGCGGCGUUGACCUCGGCCCGAACUGCCCCGAACCGCUCAAGGGCCCCUUCGACGCGUCCGGGUUCCCGGUCGGCUGCAAGACCGCGUGCAAGGCCGGUCUCGCGCCGGACCCGCGCAACGACCCGUACUGCUGCACCGGCUCGCACGACACCGCGGCGACGUGCCCGCCGUCGGGCGUGCUGUACUACGACUACUUCAAGGGUAACUGCCCGAACUCGUACGCGUACGCGUACGACGAGUCGUCGGGCACCGCGCUCUGGACGUGCGACUCGAACUUGGCCGCCGACUACACGGUCACCUUCUGCCCGUGA